GGAAAUACUGGAAGAUGGAAGGCCUGUGAAAAGAUCAGCAUAGCUCGAAAGUGUUGGGGGAUGGAGGAGAGACAGACCCAGAAAGGGUUGGGUGGAUGUUGAAAAGAGGUAUGAGAAAGGAAGAACUUUGAUAUGCAAGAGGUACAGCGUGUGUAGAGGAGUUCGAUGCACUGCUCAUGAGCAUUCGCUGUACAUGUAUACAUUCAUACUUAAACUAAUUAAAAAAUGGAUGUGUUUAGUCUACUUAGCGCUUCAAAAAAUGCUGCCGGGCAUACUGAAAGCACCGCACAUGGGCAGUACAGAUUAAUUGAUAAUGUCAUAUGUACCUUUCUAUGGCAACUCGUAUAUUUACAGUAUAUGAAAGGUGGGGUUUGCACGACAAAUCGAUUAAAGACGAGAGUGUGUGAGAGAGAGAGAGAGAGAGAGAGAGAGUCCACCUAAUCAGCCUAGCUGCGACUCUUACAUGCUCAUUCAGAUCAUGGGCGCCGAGGCGCAAGGUUACAAUCGCACCGUUGUGUACGUCCGACGGAAUCACAACGAACUUUUCCGACCAGCCGAUUUCGAUGUUUGUUUAAUGGAUUAUUUUGGGAUGAGGAAUGGAAAUGGAAGGUUAGACUGUACUCUGGAAAAUAACAUAGUUUACUUGCAACCACCAGCAGAGCGUUCUCCCUCUUCGCGUAGGAGAAGAAGAACGACCGAAAGCCAAAAAAGUGAAAGGGAUUGUCAGUCGGAAGAUCAUGAAUACAGCGGCUACAGAUUUCAGCAUCCGAGCUUCUGCGUACCCCGCAAGAUAACAAGCGCAGAUCGGGAAGCGCUCCCGCCAGAAAUCCGAGAGCGAGGAGUGGACGUCGGGGUGUCAGCUCUGAUUGAAUCCAAAGACGGUUAUGUACUCAUGACCAGAAGGGCGCUUCAUAUGAGGACCUUCCCUGGAGUCUGGGUACCCCCCGGAGGACACUGUGAAGAUGGCGAGACUCUGGUCGAAGUGGCAGCCAGGGAACUCAGCGAAGAGACGGGGCUCGAACUCGAGACAGAAGAAUACCGGCACUUCCGAAUACUGGGCCUUUGGGAGUCCACGUAUCCGCCGGUUCGCUACAGAGGUCUCCCCGUGAGGCACCACCUCGUUGUCUACCUCCAUGGGAAGCUGGAGCGAACAGUGGACGCGCUGCAGAGUCAGUUGAGGCUGAACUAUACUGAGGUCAACGCGAGUGCUUGGCUGACGGCGGAGAUGGUUGCAGUUGUCGUGAAAGGGAGCGAAAGAAGAGCGGAAGAGAUUAUUCCUAUAACGACCGUCGAUGAAAACGGAGAACACAGCGAAGGUCUCAUGGACCCGAAGGCCCUGAGGAAGAAAAUGCCGGAACCAGACAAAGAAGUCGAGAGGAUCACGACUGGGACGAGGUACGCCUUGAAGCUGUGGUUGGACGACCAAGAGUAAAGGAAAGCGAAAAAUUGCAGUGCGAAGGACAAAGUGAUUUACGAGUUGUUAUUAAGGACGACGUAUCGGAAUCAGGAGUGGAAAAACGUUUCCAUGUCAGGAAGAAAUUUGUUUCUGGGUCGAAACGAAGAACUAAAAAAUUGGGGUGAAAAUAAUCCGUGAAAUUUUCAUCUUGUUCAAUGGAUAUUCUUGGCUAUAAAGGGCAGAGGCCUUAUAGCAAGACGUAAUUCAUUUCUGAGGAGUCAUGUGAAUAUAAUUAUCUGUUUUUUUAUUAUGCUGGUUGCAUUUGGAUACUCCCUAUUUCCCUAAGUGCCUUGCGAGACAUAGUAUCUAUGUUUACGUUUAUUGAGAGCAAAAACAGUUGCCACGCAAUGCAACAGAUGUACCUGAAAAUAUAAACCAGUCAAGGAAUAAUUAUGGAUGUCUUUUGAAGCCAGUCUUCAUAACGUACCUCGAUGUUAAUGUUCCUUUAGAGCGUUCUUACUAAAAGCAAAUGAGAUAUCGUAUUAAGAUGUCAGAAUAUCAUUGGAAAAUAAUGAUAAUUUGAAAUUUAUUGAAGAAAUAAUGUAAUUAAGGUUUGUCAGCCAAGAUGGAGAUCUAUGAGAAAAUCACAGAGGAAGUCUUGGCUAUAAUGAGACUUAUCAGUUGAAGAGAAUUAUCCUAAUGAAUUAUCAGUUUAAUUUACAUUUCUGUACCGAAUAACUAUAAAAACAAUACCCAUUGCUUAAUUUUCACUGUAAGCAUCAUCUGAACUGUGUAACCUCUACAAAUCUUUAUAAUCUUUCUAUGAUUUAUGAAUCUAGUAAAACAGAAUUAUGAACAUAGUCUAGAACAUUCUUUUUUAGCCCGGGACAGUUGUUUCAUUGAUAUUCUA